AUGACUAAGGGCGAGAAUAGUAUCCCUAUUGAUGACUACUUUCAGGACCGGGGUCCAACUGUCACAUUCAGCAACCUCCUCUACUGUGUUCAAGAAACAAAGUUCUGCCGCAAGAUAGGUCCCGAAAAGAUCAUCCUCCAUGAUGUGAGUGGGAUCAUAAGACCGGGGAUGAAUGCCAUCAUGGGUGCCACAGGAAGCGGUAAAACAUCACUCCUGGAUGUACUCGCAGGGAGGAAAAAUCCAGCUGGACUGCGUCAGGGAAAUGUGUUGGUGAACGGCAAAGUCGUCACGUCUGACCUGAGGCUCAGCUCUGCCUACGUGGUUCAGGAUGAUAUUCUGAUGGGGACUCUGAGCGUGAGAGAGAACCUGCUUUUCAGUGCCAACUUGCGUCUGAACCCUAAGGAUCACUCCACAGCAGAUAAACACCAGCAAGUAAACACCAUCAUAGAAGACUUGGGCCUUACAGACUGUGCUGACACUAAGAUAGGCACGGAGUUUCUGCGUGGUGUAUCAGGAGGGGAGAGGAAGCGGUGCAGCAUUGGGAUGGAGCUCAUCACUUCUCCCUCUCUUCUGUUUCUGGAUGAGCCGACCACUGGCUUGGAUUCUAACACUGCAAACUGCAUCAUCGGUCUACUACACAAGUUGUCCAGAAGAGGCAAGACUGUGAUCUUCUCCAUCCACCAACCCCGAUACUCCAUCUUCAAACAGUUUGACCACCUCACACUGAUGCAUAAAGGGGAGGUGGUGUAUGCAGGAGCAGCAGACCAUGCCCUGGUGUACUUCACAGACCUUGGCUAUCAGAUUGAGCCUUUCAACAAUCCAGCUGACUUCUUCAUGGACAUCACAAAUGGAGAAACAAAAUCAACAGUACGAUGGGACAUGGCAGAGGAUUGCAAAAACCCAUUAGCGAUAAAGUAUCAGCAGACCCAGCUGUACCAGAAUAUGAUGGAGGAGCUGGACCAUGUGAACCAGAGCAUUGUUGACGGGGUCACAGGUGAAGACAAGCCGGCCAACUACGCCACCUCUUUCUUCUAUCAGAUGCGUGUGGUGUGUGGCAGGACAGUGUUGAACACUCUGAGGAACCCUCAGACCUCCUACGCCCAACUGGCUCUCAACAUCUUCUUUGCCAUUCUCGUGGGACUCAUUUAUUACCAAAUGCCCCUGACACUGCCCGAGGCUUUACAGAACAGGAGUGGAGCGUUCUUCUUCCUUAUCAUCAACAUGGUGUUUGGGAAUCUUUCUGCUGUUGAACUCUUUAUAAAUGAAAGGGCAAUCUUCAUUCAUGAGAACUCUAGCGGCUAUUACCGUACCUCUGUCUACUUCCUGUCCAAGAUCUUUGCUGAUCUCAUCCCCAAUCGCUUGAUUCCCAUCAUUGUGUUUUCAGCAAUUGCCUACUACAUGAUGGGGUUGAAGCCUGCGUUUGAGACGUUCCUCUGUUUCGCUCUGACCAUGUCUCUGGUCAGUCUGGCAGGAGUUGGUCUGGCCUUCCUCGUCUCAGCGAGCGUUUCUACAUUUGCGAUGGCAAACAUCCUCAUUGCUUUGCCCUUCGUUUUCAUGAUGGUCUUUGGUGGUUUUCUCGUCAAUCUCAACGCCAUGCUGAGCUGGCUCUCUUGGCUGAAAUGGAUCAGUAUCUUCAAAUAUGGAUUGGAUGCUGUAUACAUUAACGAGCUGAAAGGACAGUUUUUGUAUAACAACAACACAGCCAUCGCAGGGGAAUAUUUCCUGGAACAGCAAGGUAUCGACUACUCCGUGUGGGGCUUCUGGAGGAACGUGGUGGCCUUGCUGGGAAUCAUAUUUGUCUGCAUGUGCCUGGCCUAUGUCCAGCUGCGACGAAUCAACCGCUGGAAAUGAUGCCCAUUUAUGUGUCCAUAAGCAGUCAAGUAUUUUUCUUAGUAAUUUAACAACAACAACAAAAGCAACACUGGAGAGUUGUUUUAUAUAGUUCCACCAGACGGAGCUUUCUUAUACUAUUAUUUAAUUUAUUAUUUCAGAUCAAUUUAUACUGUAAAACAUUACAUUUAAAAUCUUUUACUCACUUAAGCUCUAAAGUAGGGAUGUCAAACUCAUUUUACUUCCCAGGUCACAUGCUGCCCACAUUGAUGUUAAGUGGACCACACUAGUGAAACUCCUCUUUCUGUCAUUGUAAAGACAUCUAACUGUCCAUUUAAGUCCCUUGGAAUAUCAUAGAAGAAAAACAAGUGCAAUUUCAACAGUGUCUCUCAGGUUUUUGCAUGAUAAAGAAAUGUUGUCAGAGUAGAUGGAAGAAACCUGUCAGCACGAAUAAAAAAAAAUGUGUGAAACUAAAGAAAAGUUUGGUUUAGCUCAUUGCUCAGACUCUCCUGUAAUUACAAAACUGAAAGUUUUUGUUAAUUCUCAGAAAAUAUCCUAUUUGUUUAUUUUUUUACAUUAUAAAAAACUGAUAUUUCUAAAGAGACAAUGAAAAACAUUCAUUUUUUCUGUCAUUUAAUUCCAGAAUGUUAUGUUCAUCUGGACUUUGGGUUUUCAGUGGGAGAAACUUUUUGUCAUUUCUUAAGAAGUCACUUGGAUGAGUGAGGAAAUAUUUCUCCCACUGGAAAUAUAACCUCCAGAUAAACAACUUUCUGGGAUUUGCUUACCUUGAUGACUGAGCUUGCAUCAAGACUUUCAUUUAAUUGUUAUAUCUUAUGUAAUGACUUCAGUGUAGUAUGAAUACCCAAGACGUCACAGUUAAAAGUCCAAAAUGUAUGCCCUCCUUCACAUCUUCCUCAACCGUCCUGUGGACUGGACUCGAGUCUUUGCUCAGCCAAUGCUGGCUCUUGGCCUUAUGAUUAAGGGCCCUGCUCUAUAGCAUUAACCAUCACACGUGUUGUAACAUUUGACCCCCAGGUGGAUAAGCUGAUAUACUAAGCGCACUUGGUGUGUGCACGAGGAAAUGUCUGACAACUGCCAAGCCAAGAUCUUAAAUCCGUAGAAAGCUACUUAGCGCUUUCUUAGACAGUGUUGGUUACAAAAACAAAAGUACAAAUGAUUUAUCUUUAAAAAAGUUUUAAAAAUUUCCCUGUUUUUAACGUAUUUAUUUCUCUUUUUUUUAAUGAAUGCAAGUCUUACAAAACGUGAUACUGAUCAAAUGACGGUAAAGGUGCAAACUGCUUAGCUGUGAAAUUUAAAGUGAGGGCACAGAAGACGAAGGAAACGCAUUAAAAAUCAAAGUAAACGCUGACUUUCCCUUUAAUUUCACUUCAUCGGUUACUCUCCUGACAUUGCAUAACUGCGGAUAAAGUGUCAUCUUGUGCGAUGUCUUUAUCGAAGCCAUUAGAGACGAUCCUGUGACGUGCAAAUCCUCCUGAGGCUCGUGCAUCACGCUAUAGGUUACACAUUGCAGCAGCUGUGUUGCUCUGUGCACUGCACCUCAGAGCGCAUGCUCGGGCAGUCAGUGAACAGUUGUGUCUUCUCAUCCUUGCACAUUUGCACCUUGUUAGAAAGCCAUGCGUCAAUGAAAAUAUAUAUUCCACAAAAUAUUUCAGUGGAUCUUAACACCCAAGGCUCAAAAAACAAAAUAAAAAUAAAUAAAUAAAUAUUUCUUUUCUGCAUACAGCCCUUGUAGUUGUAAUCCAAUAGUAUAAAGGGAUAGCCACGACACCAUCAUGCUAAAUGACAUAUCACAUCAUAGUUUUUAUCCUAGAAAUAUGUAUGAGGGAAACUUGACAGUUACCAUGACAACGCACGUUUAAUCCCGGGCGCUCGCUCAUUUCC